AUGGAUGCUUCUGCCAGUAGAGAAAUCAAGUCGCCUGAAGUCGUACCGGGGACUCCAUCAAUUGUUCAACCCAAUUCUGAGUCUCAGAAGAGAAAAAAACUGGGAAUUUAUUUCAUUGAGUCUGAUGAUAGGCGGACUGCUUUUGGUGGUGGCUACAUGGGAGCCGCCGGAGGAGCUACACCUGUUAACAUCCACGGAAAGCCUAUUUCUAACCUGUCCAAGACUGGUGGUUGGGUUGCAGCAUUCUUCAUUUUUGGGAAUGAAAUGGCAGAGAGAAUGGCCUAUUUUGGGCUCUCUGUUAACAUGGUAGCAUUCAUGUUCUAUGUUAUGCAUCGUCCUUUCUCAAGUUCAGCCAAUGCAGUUAAUAAUUUUUUAGGAAUAUCGCAAGCAUCAUCGGUGCUUGGUGGUUUCCUUGCUGAUGCAUAUCUUGGUAGAUAUUGGACGAUAGCAAUUUUUACCACAAUCUAUCUUGUGGGUCUAACAGGGAUAACCUUGUGUGCAACCAUGAACAUCCUCAUACCAAAUCAAGACCAGUGUGAUCAAUUUGCCCUUCUAUUGGGUAAUUGUGAACCUGCGAAAUCGUGGCAGAUGCUUUACCUCUACACAGUCCUUUAUGUGACUGGAUUUGGAGCUGCAGGUAUUAGGCCCUGUGUCUCGUCAUUUGGAGCUGAUCAAUUUGAUGAAAGUAGUAGAGACUACAAGGCACACCUAGAUAAGUUUUUCAACUUCUUCUAUCUCUCUGUCACUGUUGGAGCAAUUGUCGCCUUCACUGCAGUAGUUUACAUUCAAAUAAAACACGGAUGGGGAUCUGCCUUUGGUUCAUUGGCCAUUGCUAUGGGCCUGUCGAACUUGCUAUUCUUUCUUGGGACUCCUUUGUAUAGGCAUAGACUGCCUGGUGGCAGCCCUCUGACCCGUGUCGCCCAAGUCCUAGUUGCUGCGUUUCGAAAGAGAAAUGUCUCUUUCGAGAGUAGCGAGUACAUAGGCUUGUAUGAGCUCCCAGGCAAAAGAUCUGCCAUAAAAGGCAGCAACAAGAUUGCCCACACUGAUGAUUUCAGAUGCUUGGACAAGGCUGCUCUGCAACUGAAGGAAGAUAGUGCAACUCCAAGUCCUUGGAGACUUUGCACUGUGACACAAGUUGAAGAAGUCAAAAUUCUUCUAAAACUUGUUCCAAUUCCAGCUUGCACUAUUUUGCUCAGUCUCAUCUUAACAGAGUUUCUAACUCUGUCAGUACAGCAGGCAUAUACAUUAAACACUCAUAUGGGCAGUUUAAAACUUCCCGUCACGUGUAUGCCAGUUUUUCCAGGACUCAGCAUAUUCCUGCUACUCUCUCUAUAUUAUUCUGUGUUUGUCCCACUAUCCAGGCGCAUCACAGGUCAUCCUCAUGGAGCAUCUCAGCUUCAGAGGGUAGGCAUCGGUUUGGCAGUUUCAAUCCUAUCCGUGGCAUGGGCUGGAGUAUUCGAGAGGUAUAGAAGACAUUAUGCCAUAGAACAAGGAUAUGAGGCCAGUUUUUUGACUCCCAUGCCCAACCUUAGUGCAUACUGGUUGUUAAUCCAGUAUUGCCUGAUAGGGAUUGCUGAAGUGUUUUGCAUCGUGGGGCUGCUCGAAUUCCUCUACGAAGAGGCACCAGAUGCCAUGAGAAGCAUUGGAUCAGCUUAUGCUGCUGUUGCUGGUGGAUUAGGUUGUUUUGCAGCCACUAUACUGAACAGCAUUGUCAAGUCUAUAACAAGGAACUCAGAGGAAAGGCAACAAUCCUGGCUGUCUCAGAAUAUAAACACUGGAAGAUUCGACUAUUUCUACUGGCUUCUUACAGUGUUGAGUGUGAUGAAUUUUUUAGCAUUCUUGUACGCAGCACAUCGGUACCAAUACAGAUCAAAGCAGGUCGUUGAGACCAGAGAACAAGUAAAUGUGCAACCGAGCAGCAAAUGA